AUGAGAAAGUUUGAGGAAAUACAGAAAGAGGAAUUAAGGAGGAACACCGAAGAGCCAAGCAGUGUGAGAAAUGAAGCAGGGUAUGCCUGUAUAAAUACAGCCACCAACAGAACGUUUAAUGCAUCUUCAAAACACGAUACGGUGUGCACAGGAAAACGCAACUAUGAAGGCAAGGGUAACAACCCAGGUAGCCAUAACAGCCAGGCAAGGAACACUGGGGGAACUAGUGGUUACAAAAUGCAGACUGGAGGAAGCAGUUAUAAUACUCAAGGAACCAGUGGUUACAAUGCGCAAGGAACUGGAGGCAUUGGAGGCACUGGAAACACUGGAGGCACUGGAAACACUGGUUACAACACGCAGAACACUGGAAACACUGGUGGUUACAGAAUGCAGAACACUGGAAACACUGGUGGUUACAACACGCAGAACACUGGAAACACUGGUGGUUACAACACGCAGAACACUGGAAACACUGGUGGUUACAACACGCAGAACACUGGAAACACUGGAGGCACUGGAAACACUGGUUACAACACGCAGAACACUGGAAACACUGGUGGUUACAGCAUGCAGAACACUGGAAACACUGGUCGUUACAACACUCAGAACACCGGAAACACUGGUGGUUACAACACUCAGAACACUGGAAACACCGGUGGUUACAACACGCGACGAAACAGCGGCCACAGUAAUCAGGGAAGUGGAGGUUCUGGUUACAGCACCAAUCAAGGCUCUGGCCACAACACUAACCGAGGUGGCGGCGGUCACAGCAACACACAGGGAGGCAGUGGGUACGGCAAUCAAGGCGGAAGUGGCUACAACACUCAGCGAGGAGGCAGCGGGUACAAUACCCACGGAGGCGGAGGCAGUGGUUACAACAACCAGAGAACUGGUUACGGCUCGAACACUGGGGGAAGCGGCUACCCAUCCCAAGGAAGCAGCGGCGGCUACCCAUCUCACGGAAGCAGCAGCGGCUAUCCAUCUCACGGAAGUAGCAGUGGCUACCCAUCUCACGGAAGCAGCAGUGGCUAUCCAUCACAUGGCGGAAACAGUGGCUACUCGUCGCAGGGCGGAUACCCACAACAUGGUGGUAAUAGUGGCUACAACAGUGGAUACCCAUCACAAGGUGGAAACAGUGGAUACCCGUCACAUGGUAGCAACACUGGCUACAACACACAACGACAUGGAGGUGGUUACCAGUCUACUAACCAAGGCCACUCUCACAACUCAAAUCCCUACAACAAACGCAGUGGACACCGGUUCUGUCCCAACCAAACAGUGUAUGAGGACAUUUACAGAUGGAGCGCUAUCGCAACCGGAUACCCAGAGCUGGGACACGUGAAGGACACGUGUAACAAAACGUCUGCUCUCCUACAGAGCUACUUCAGCGCCAACCCGUUAAACCAAGGAAGAUGCUGGUUCCUUCAGCUCAUGCAGGAGCCCGUUUACAUCGUCACGUGCCAGCAUCGCUUCUGUCGUCUUUGCCGUCAAAACUACGACAAAACAUUUGAAACUCGGUGCAUCCGGUCACACAGAUACGCCGGGGUGUGGGCCUACUGCGAAAACAACGUUGCCGGCGCUAGAAUAGUCUACGACCGCAUCAUCGUACCCGACAACUGCCUUUGCCAGGCCGUCUACUGCUACCCGGACUGGCGCUACUAA